UGGCCGCCACCAGGAUGCUCAUGCUGCUGCUGCUGGCCACGCCCAGUUGCUAUGCCAACGGAACCGAGGUCUUUGAUGACGAGGACCGCUACCAGCCAGUGGCGUCAGACCAGACGGUGUCGGUGGGCGGGACUGUGAUCCUGACCUGCACGGUGACCGAGACGGACAACUCCUCUCUCCAAUGGAGUAACACGGCACAGCAGACGCUGUACUUUGGAGACAAGAGAGCUCUGAGAGACAACCGUAUCCAGCUCCACAAGUCGACGCCCACUGAGCUCUCCAUCUCCAUCUCGGACGUCCAGCUGUCUGACGAGGGAGAGUACACCUGCUCCAUCUUCACCAUGCCUGUACGGAUGGCCCGCGCCACACUCACCGUACUGGGUGUCCCUGGUAAACCCGUCAUCUCGGGCUACCAGGAGCAGGUUCAGGAGGGUGCUAGCGUGACGCUAACGUGCACCAGCUCCGGUAGCAAGCCUCCCGCCAAGCUGCGCUGGUAUCGCGGAGAUCAGGAACUCAUCGGUCGUCCGGACAUCGUGGAGUCGGAUCCCGGCGCCCCCACCUACACGGUCAUCAGCGAGCUAUUGGUCACCGCCAGUCGUCAGGACAACCAUCAGCCAAUCGUGUGCGAGGUGGAGCACGACUCCAUCGGAGAGGGAGAGGAGAAGAAACGCACCGAGAGUUACCUGGACGUGCUGUACUCUCCGAGUGUGAGGAUUCAGCCCUCCAGCGAUCUGCCCAGAGAGGGCGAGAAGUUCCACCUGGAGUGUAUCAGCGAUGGAAACCCAGCGCCCUCGUCGUUCGUCUGGGAGAAGAAAGACGCUGAUCUCCCCGCGUUAGCCAAGAGCGAUAACAGCUACCUGCGCUUCGAGGCGCUCAACAAAUCGGACGCCGGCGUUUAUCUGUGCACAGCCAACAACGACGUGGGGCAAGAACAGAGUCAAUACACACUAUUGGUGCAAGACUCCACAGCUAUGUCCACAGGGUCGGGCGUGGACCAUGCAGUGAUAGGGGGCGUGGUGGCGGUCAUCGUCUUCAUCAUACUGUGUCUCCUCAUCGUGCUGGGAAGGUACCUCAUCAGGCACAAAGGUACGUACCUUACCCAUGAGGCCAAGGGUUCAGACGACGCCCCGGACGCUGACACAGCCAUCAUUAACGCGGAGGGCGGUCUGAGCCAAUCAGCAGACGAGAAAAAGGAGUACUUCAUCUAA